AUGGAUAUCCAGCCGUCAAAACGUCCACUGGCGUUCAAUCCACCUCUAUGCCCACGCAAACGGAUUCACGUCAGCCCGGAGGCAGUGCAUAUUCCAAAUCCGUCUCCUGCCUCAACCGACCCCGAGUUCGGGCUGUUGGGGGAUGGCAUAAGUUGGCCGGGCACUACUAGCACUGGGACCGGCUUACAAGAUGUGGAUAUGGGCCAUGGCAACUUCCAGAGCCUCCCUUUCGCAGACCCCUUUCCAAUGGACAUAGAUCCGGUCCUUGCCAAACGUGUAAGCCACACGGCGCAGAUAUGCUACGGUGCACUUUGCGAUGUCUAUGCGUCAUUUAACAGCUUAAAAUCGAGCAAAUCGUUAGGACUACCACAAGACGGCACACGCUACACGCAGUUUCGCAUCGUCCCUCACAAUAACUCUUUUGGCCUGUCAUCGGGAAAAGACACACCCUUUGCGAUGAUCGACACUAACACGUGUAGGGCGCUCCUGUAUCUCCAUAGCCGCCAGGGCUUCAGAGCAACCGCCGUUGUGGAAAGGACAAAGCUGAAGCAGCCGGGCGUCAAGGAUAGGCCGAGAAGUAUUUUUCCCCUAUCCAUCAAUAUCUAUGGCAGACAAGGCGAUGCCGACGAAGUGGGGGAUAACUUCUCCGACAUGGCUGUAUUCCUUCAGCACCCGUUCUUUCUGGAACCUGGGUACGAGUAUUUCAAUCCCCAGUAUUUUCACAUUGGCAGAGAGAUGAAGUGCAUGACACACCUUGUCGGAUCAACCGAGACGGAGACCAUUGCAAAACGGAUAUCAAAUGAGGUCGAGCGUGUCCUUGAUUCCCUCGAAGAUCCCGACACUCCUCUAGAUCCACAGCCGGACGGCCUAAACACUACGUUGAAGAGAGGGCAGCCCUUUCCUUCAUACGCCGGAGAGAAAAUCACGAUGCUUGUCAAAACGCCAGCAGAAACCUUCGCCGCAUUAUUGGAGCCCCAGGUUCUAGAUAUUUGGGAGAGGGAGAUAUCGAUUCACACCGAGCCUGGCAUCUUGAAGACCUGCGUAUUCCACGGCCCGGAUCGGCCACAAUCACCGGAAGGGGUAGUCAAGCACGAUAUGGUCCUGACAACGUACGCAACUUUGGCAGCAGACUACAAGGCCCGGCGGGUCCUGCAGGAGAUCGAAUGGCACCGAGUCGUCCUGGAUGAGGCCCACUGGAUCCGGAACCAAGGUUCAACGCAGUUCCGCGCUGCCGCAAGCCUGCGCACUGGGAGGAGAUGGUGUCUUACCGGCACCCCUAUUCAAAACCGGCUGGAGGAUAUGCUGUCCCUGCUCAAAUUUCUUCGCUUUGAACCCUUCUCACAACCCCUCUACGAAAAGGCUAGUAUCGAACUUGAGGAGGGAGAAAGACGAGAGUAUGACAAGAUCAUGGCGAGAUGCGCGCGGGAUAUCGACGACGUCGUCAGUACCCGGGACAAGAAUAAGAAAUACCGCAUCUUGUUCACUGCCAUCAUGAAGCUGCGAAGGUUUUGUAAUCAUGGGACUUUGUCGUCGCCGCUUUUGGCGCAGCCAACACCAUCUGAGGCCACUGAUGGAAUAGAUUGCAGUGUUUGCGCGAUCAAUGAUGAAGAUGACUUGGCACUGCUGCGCCAGAAUGAAAUUUGCGCUGAAUGUGGCAGAAGUGUGCUCCGCGCACCGCGAUCAGCCAAGUCGCGGAGGGUUCGUGACGCAUCCGCCAUGGCAUCGGCAGCCACGGUCGAUGCCGGCUGGUCCACGCCCGGAGGUCCCCACCCCGCACUUGGAGGUGUUUCGACCAAACUUUCGACUGUGGUAACAAGAUUGGAAGGCCUACCAGUUGGCUCUAAGAGUCUCGUCUUCUCUUAUUGGACAUCCACUCUCGAUAUACUGGAAGGUAUCCUGCGGGAGCGAAAAACCGGCUUUCUGCGGAUCGACGGGAGAGUGUCGUACAACGAGCGUUUAAAAACCCUUGACCUCUUUUCGAACAGUCCCAACAUAUCAGUCCUAUUGAUGUCGAUAGGAACCGGCGCUGUCGGUCUUACUUUGACCGCCGCGAACUAUGUACAUCUAAUUGAGCCGCAGUGGAACCCAGCAGUCGAGAAACAAGCUAUCGCAAGAGCCGUCAGGAUGGGCCAAACACGCAAAGUCACAGUUAUCAGAUACAUUGCCAUGAAGACAGUUGAGGAGAACAUCCUCGCGUUGCAAGAAAAGAAGAGUGCUCUGGCAAAAUUCACGCUGGACAGCGGACCAGAGGAAGGCGAAUCCCAGAAGCUUGCUGACCUUCGCUUCAUCCUUGAUUGCCACUCUGGGGUGUAG